AUGUACAGCAUGUGGGGCCGCCACUCAAGACUGGGCCGAGCCAGCCUGUUGCUGCUCCUGGCCGUCUCUCCAGGAGGCGAAGGCGUGCGAUCCGUCGGAACGCGAACCGAUGUGGGAGAUCUUGGCUCGCUGGGCUGUCGCAUGGUGAAAGGCGCCCGAUCCCGGGAGGGCUUUCACUUCAUGGCACGGUGCAAGUGCGCCGGAGAGGUGUCGGUCCUCUCCGAGGGUUGCGGGGACCAAGCUGACGAACGGAAGUUUGACAUCACCCGCUUGCCCAUCGAGGUGGAUGCGCAUGGCAAGUCCAGCAUCCAUCCCGACUGCCGCUGCAGGGUCCAGGGAAUGCACGAGCGCAACUCCAGGUCUGGCAUUGCGGAAGUCAGCAGAGAGAUGAGUGAAAAAAUGGCGAGAGGAUCUGAGGAGCCUGACGAGGCGACUCCACCACAGGGACUGGCAGCAGCUUGCGAGCGAUUUCAUGCAGUGCCGCGUGAAGGACUCUUUCGAGGUUGCAAGUGCGCCGAGGAGUCCUACCUGUCACUGGGUUGCGGCAAGAAGUCCGGCCUGCGCAAGUUUAACCCCAAGCACAGCGAGGUCCAAAAUGAUGGAUGCCGCUGCGUCUCCGAUGGCGACCUGAUGAGGAACACGAGCUUGGCCGGCGAGUUGGACGAGGAGAACGAGCCCGCCGCUGAGACCACGACGGCACCUUCAUGCAAGGUGCCGCCACCUCCAGGCUUUGCCUUUGGCGACACGGUGCGCAUCGUGAAAAUGGUCAAAACUGGCCAUCUCAUCGAAGUGCUGGGCAUAGGCCUCUUGCCACAAUCCAGGCCGGCCAAGGUCAGUGGGACAAUCGCGCAGGUUGUCUGCUCUGAAGACACAUCAGCAACGAAGGGCCGCGUGUGCCUCCGGAAAGGCGCAGCAAACUCAAAAUCUGUGGGCUGCUGGCUGCCUGCGAACCUCGAGAAGGGUCGUUGGACCUCACAUGUAGCCUGUGAGUCCAUCGUGCUUGCCCUGCCUUCUGUGGCUGUGGUCAGGAAGCGACUCGUCGGCUACGCCUACACAGACAGCUCGGUGGAAGGGGCUGCGCACGAUGCGCACAAAGGAAGAGGCGGCCCCCUGCUGCUGGUCAAAUUGGUCGUGUCUGGGUGGCCAUGCCGCGGUUUCCGAGCCACAGCAGUGGACCUGCACAACCUGCAGAUGACUGGACACAUGCUGUUGCACGCCACUGCGGAUCCGCCGCACGACAAGGCGAAAGUAGAGCCACCUCUUCCCGCUCAACAUGUACAGGACUGCCAGGAGUCCUGCCCACCCUCCGGGCCUCGCACUGCCGCGCCCCUUACGCCGUGGCUCCGAAACCAUCCCGUUCUUGGCGCUGUGCUUCAAGGCGAGCCGCCUCAGGCACGGCCUGCCAUACCCGAUGCUCGCGGCCCAGUGGUAUCCAGACCGCUGAGCCCACGAGAGUCUACGCUGACCGCCCUGACGCAGACGCCGCGGAUCGAUCCGUCUCCUCGAGUGUCCGAGGCAGGGCGGUUACAGGGAGCCCAGGGCCCUUCACCAGGAGGAGUGCGCGAGGUGGACCGCGACAUCCUCGAGCAGCUGCGGGCGCUGAGUGAGGCCGUCAAGGCUAUCUCCACUGGCGGACUAAGCGGGUCUGCAGGCGCGGCAAUUGCUGUGCCAGUAAAGGAGGAUGCGGCCGAAGCAGAUCGUGCACUUGCUGCCAAGAGAGCCGAGGCUGACAAGAAGAGGCUUCUGUCGGCGUCCUGUGUAGCCCUGGGAGUGAAGGAUGACCGCCUGAUCCUCGUGGACUGCUUCAUGUCCUGGAGCCACGCCUGCAGCUCCCAGGCUUCCAAGGCAUCGAAGCAGGAUGCAGCAGCUCAGGCGACUGAAGACAGAUCGUCAUUGGCCGUGCAGCUUCCAGAGGAGGUGCCGACAGGUCCUCUUCCCGUUUCUUCGCACCCUAAGAUGCAGCGGUCCUCCAUUGAGAAUCAGCUGCCUGUGCUCUUAGGCCGCAGGCCGGUCAAGCCGGUCAAGAGUGAUGUUGAAACUGGGAAGACAGAGGAGGAAGGUGUCGAGCCCUACAAAGACCAAGCUGCACGCAGUCGCGAAAAGGUGGAAUGGCAGCUGAAGGGUUGCGAAAAGAUCGCGCUGGCACUUGGUGUUCUUUUUGCCACUGCGCAGGGUGUAGCAACGCCAGCCAUAGCACUGUUCAUGGGGGAGAGCAUCACCACCUUGGCGCUUGCAGACCAUGCGAGAGAGUUGGAUGCCAUGACGCCUGAGCUCAUCAAGAUUGGCGCCUUGGGAGCUAUCCAGUUCUGCCUGGCUUUCGGUUGGCAGAGCUGCUUGGCCUGGGCCGCCGCCAAGCAGGCCCACCGCUGGCAUCGCGGCUUCGUUGAAGCGCUCCUGUCCUUGGAUGUUUGCUGGUACGACGAGCACGAACCUGCAGGGGUGGCAGCCCAGCUGGAGAGCGACUCUACAAAUGUGUACCUGUUCAUGUCAUCAGCGCUGGGGUACCUGAUUUCAACCUUGGCCCAGUUUGUGACGGGCUUGUCCCUGGCCCUUUACGAAGGCUGGGAGCUGGCCCUAGUCGUUUGCGCCGUACUUCCCAUCUUGAUGUUCGCUGGUCACCACAUGGGCAAGGAGAUCGAGCUCUUCACCGCCUUGCAGCAGGCCAACUUUGCCCGGGCCUCUGCGGUUGCGGAGGAGUCAUUGAUGGCCAUUCGGACAGUUGCGGCGUUCGGCGGGGAGACCAGCGAGGUCGCUCGCUUCGAAAAAGAGCUGCUUCCCGCCAAAGUUGGUGGCAUCCGCUCAGGGACGAGGAUCGGGGCUGCAUGGGGGGUCCUCAAUUUCUUCUACCCGUGCCUCUACGCGCUUGCGCUUUGGUUCGGCGGCCACAUCCUCAUGUCUGCGGAAAACGCCAGCUUCGAGCCCAUCCGCAUCAUCACCGUCAUGAUCUCCAUGAUGGUCGGCGUUUCAGCGCUCAGCGCUUUCAGCGGAUUCGCCCCUGUGAUGGCAAGAGCCGCCGCUUCCGCAAAGGCGAUGAAGGAGGUGAUGGCCUGCAGAGAGCGUGAGAUUGAGGGACCGCCCUGUAUGCACGCGGAGCUCCCAAUCGGGCUGAGCGAGGUCCACAGCAUCGAGUUCCGCAAGGUGAGCUUUAGGUACCCGACAACACCCAGGUGGGUUCUCAACAGUUUCAGCUUCCGGGUCGAGAGGGGCCAAAAGGUUGCGCUUGUGGGAGAGAGUGGCUCUGGCAAGAGUACGACGAUCCAGCUCUUGGAGCGGUUCUAUGAUCCGAGUGCUGGCGAGGUCUUGGUGAAUGGAGUCCACUUGAGCCAGGUGCCUGCCAAGGCCUGGCGCAAGCUUCUCGGCUAUGUCGGCCAGGAGCCCAUCCUCUUCGCCGCGACUGCCAUGAAGAACCUCAAGGGAUUGGACAACUCCAUCCCUGACGAGAGGGCGGUCCAGGCAGCUAAGGCUGCACAGAUUUAUGACACGUUGAAUGAGCUCCCGGACGGGAUGGACACCUUUGUAGGCACAGGCGGGGGGUUGCUGUCAGGAGGGCAGCGGCAGCGCGUUGCCAUUGCUCGCGCCCUCGCAAAGGAUCCCCAGGUCUUGCUCCUGGAUGAGGCAACCUCAGCUUUGGACAAUGAGUCUGAGCGCAUGGUGCAGGCUACGAUCGACUCUGCGAACACCAUCAUGGGCCGCAACAUCACCACCAUUUCUGUUGCUCACAGGUUGACAACAAUAAAGGGCUCGGAUGCCAUCUACGUCCUCAAAGAUGGUUACUGCUGCGAGAAGGGCAGCCACGAGCAAUUGAUGGACCUGAAGGGGCAGUACUACAAGAUGGCAAAGCUCCAGCAGCCUAAGACGGAGCAGAAGGAGGACCAGCAAGACUCGGACUCGGACCCGUUGGAGAACGACCAAGAGCAGCAGCACGAGGAGCACUGUGAGGAGGACGCGAAGAAUACCAUCGGGGAACAGCCACGUGAUGAUGCGCACCUCGAUAUGCAGACGUCGACGCACACAGCUGGAACAUGGCGUGUUUGGUGCCGCCUUCUGGGCAUGAUGAGCAUGUACUGGUGGAUUUGGCCUGUUACCGGCUUCAUCGUGAUGGCGGGAGCAGCGACAUUGCCACUGGAAGCUGUCUUCUUCAACUCGGCCGUGGUGUCGCUCUCCGAAGCUGCUUUGAGUGGCCUUGAGGCGAUGUGCCCGAAGUUAGACACUGCCGUGCUUGGCCUUGUGCUGGUCGGCUUGGUCUCCGGACUUGCGGUGCUUAGUCAGAACUGGUUCUUUGCCUACGUGCAGGAGACUUUGUGCAUGAUCCUGCGCAAGGAAGCUUUCACCAGCACCGUCCGCAUGGACAUGUCCUUCUUUGAUGCGCCUGAGAAUCAAACGUCCAGCAUUCUCGUGUCCUUGCAAAGUCAGAUGAACCGGGUGGGACAGAUGCUAGGCAUCCAGCUCGGAAACUCCUUUGCAGCCAUGUUCACCUGCAUCCUCAGUAUUGGCUUCAGCCUCUUCGGCUGCUGGGAGCUCUCCUUGGUCCUCUGCGGCCUCAUGCCGAUCUGUGGCGCACUGGCCCUGGUGGUGGCCGGCUGCGUGGCAAGGAUGGACCCUGCCAGGAUGGAGGCCUAUGGCAAGGCCGGCCAAGCCACCUCCGAGGCGGUCACGUCCAUUCGCACCGUGAAGGCCCUGGGGGCUGAAGAGAAAACUUUGGGAAUCGUGAAUGAGUCUUUGGAGAAGGUGACGGAGCUCAACUCUGCGAAGUCGUGGAGGCUCGGUCUUUCCCUGGGUCUGAACUUGGGCCUUGUGCAGCUGAUCUUCCUGGCAGGUUUCUGGAUGAGCGCCGUUUGCAUUCAGUACUGGGGCUUUCAGGCCCGUGAGGUGCUCCAGAGUCUCUUCUGCGUGGUCUUUGCAGUGAUGUCGGUCACUGCGAUUGUGCAACAUAUUCCAGAUGCUGCCUCCGGGCGGAUGGCGGCAGCAGAAGUCUUCCGCCUGAUUGACCACUCUUCCAAGAUCGACGCCACACAUCCUGAAGGGCAUAUCGAAAACCUUGGGGACGGGUCCAUCGAGCUCCGCGACGUGUGCUUCUGGUACCCGCACCGCCCGGAGGUCCGCGUGCUGAAUGCUCUCAGUUUCACCAUCCAGAUGGGCCAGUCUGUUGCCUUGGUGGGUUCCUCCGGCAGCGGCAAGUCCACAGUGAUCCAACUGCUACAGCGCUUCUACGACCCCCAAGGAGGCUCCAUCUGCAUCGGAGGUGCAGACGGUGCAGACCUGCGGAACUUCAAUGUGGCCUGGUGGCGCCGUCAGGUGGGCAUGGUCAGCCAGGAGCCUGUUCUCUUCGACAUCUCCCUGAAGGAGAAUGUAAGGUAUGGCUCCCCCGAGGCAUCGGAGGCCCAGGUGCUGGAAGUAGCAAAAACCGCACACAUGGACUACGUCUUGACGGGCGCCGUGGAGUGGACGGAUCGGGUGGGCCUCCGUGGUGAGAAGCUCUCCGGGGGCCAGAAGCAGCGUUGCGCCCUUGCCAGGGCUCUGCUCCGGCAACCCCAGUUCUUGUUGCUGGACGAAGCGACUUCGGCCUUGGACUCUGUUCUUGAGCAGCAGGCCAUGCAGGAGGGGCUCCAGCGCAUGCAUGAUCUGGGCUGCUGCUGCAGGGAACCUCAUUACUUUUGA